AUGAUAACGAUUAAAUCUAAACUAGAUGGAACACCUGAAAGUAAAACGUUUGCGUUGCUUGAGAAAGGUGGACCCGAUUCAGAAUUGAAUUAUUCAAAAUUUUUACCUUACAUUUUAAUGAAUUAUAAUAAUCCCAAAAAAUAUCCGUUUCUUACUAGAUAUUUACAGUAUGAUAAAAUUUGCAAUUUCUUAUCAAUUGAUCAAAAUGAAAUAAAAAGUGGGAUAAGAGAUGAUUCCUACCCAAAGAUACCGUCAGCAUCUGCAAUGGAUAUUGAUUUGGACCCUGUGCCAUUAAAUAGUAAAAAGAUAAUGAGAUUAAUUUUGCAAGAUGUCAAUGAUCUUACAAAAUCGGCAAGAUUAGUUUACCAACAAAAUACGAAUCAAGUUGGGAAAUAUUGUGAUUUAAUUAUACAAGAUCGAUCACUCUUUCGAUAUUUAAGACGGAAUGAUGUAUUAUUAAAUUUGGAUUAUUAUUUACCAAUCAUGUUAUAUAAAUGGGAUUUAACGACAAUGGGAAUUGAUUACGAGAUUGUUAAAAUUCUGGUGAGAGUUCAUAACAAUCUUCCGCCUAGAAAUCAAAUUCGUCUUAAAGAAGCUUUAGAAAAAAUGGUUUCAUUAGCAAGAUCUCAUGCACAUUUUGUGCGAAUGGUUAUAACUGAUUUAAAAAUAUUACCGGAACUUGCAUUGGAAAUAACACUUUAUGUUUGUAGUGAUGUUGUAAGAAUUUUCACGCGUAAUACUAAAUGGUUAACCUCGGCUACAUAUAGUAAAGAUAAUAUCGAUACUUUACAUAUUAGACUAAUGAAAGCUUUAGAAACCGAAAUAGAAAAACCUCAAUCUCCACCAACGAAUCAUCGAACAAGAUUAUGCAUUCUUAUUCGAAUUGUUUGCGGAUUUGUUUCCAUUUUUAAUAAUAUAAGAUUGAGUUCAGAUGAAAUUCGUGUAUGUCUUAGAGCAAUAAAAUCUGCAGAAUCCGAGAGGCUCAAGAAAUUAUGUUUGAGUUUCAUAUUAUUAUUUGCAGACCGGAUUGUAGUAAUUGAUAGAACAUUAUUGACAUCGAAUUUCGCUCAACUCGUUAAACCGGAAAAUACGCAAUUGUUCAUUUUAUUUGCGUAUUUCUUUCAUACCAAUAAACUUGAUUUUAUAGAGAAAUUAUGUCGUGAAAUUUUAACUUUGGAUGUUGUGAUAAACGUAAAAGGAUUAAAAGAAAUACAAGGAGAUGUGUUUCUUAAAGGAGGAUUAAAUAUUCAACCUUGGAUAUUAAAACAAAUUCAACAAAUCAAAACUCCAAUACAUCCACAAUUUAUUCAAUUGUUGAAAGCAUAUGUUAAUAGUAUUUUCGUUGAUCAUGGUACAUAUCCGAACUUCUAUCCAACUCCAAUUACUAAAAUUCCUGAGAAAGAGAUUUACGAGAUGUUUGUCGAUUGUGUUCUUACCGAUAUAACACCUUCGCAUAUUAUUAUGUGUUAUUAUAUUUUGACUUAUAAUUCAACAUCUCUAAUAUCAAAUAAUUAUCCCGAAAUUUUCGACAUUGAUAAUUUAUUGACGUAUGAAGAUUGGGAAUUAAAAAAUAAAAUUUCUAAUGAUUAUCUCUUGGAACUUUUAAUAAAAGUAAUAUCUGAAUUAGAUAAUGUUUCUUCUGAAUCAACUUUGGCUUUAAAACAGAUUACCAAAGUAACACCGGAAAUUUUAUAUGAACAUUCAGAUACUCUAAUAAUAUAUUUAUUACCAAAGAUUUUAGAUAGAAUGAAUUUGGAAAUGUUAAAUUCGAUGUGUGAAAUAUGGCUUUUAUUAUACAGUAUAAAUCCUCAUGAGGCUGUGUUAUAUUUUGUAAAUGGUUUACGUAAUAAAGAAGAUAAAAAAUCUUGCUUCACGGAAUUUCAAUUAAUGCUUAAUCCCUCAUUAAUAUUUCGAAUUGAUGGACGAGUAUUAAAAUUUUAUAUGAUAGGAUCACGUCAAAGAGUACAACGUGUUUAUCAAGAGAAUGCAUUUAAGGAAGAAUCUAAAAAUAGUGAUUUAUUAAAACAUUUACAUUUUGCUGGUUAUUCUAAAGAAUUAGUUCCAUUAACUACGAGUAAAAUCGAAUCAAUGCACGCGUGUUUGCAUUGGAUUCAUGAAAUUGUGAAUCAUGAAGAUAAAGAAAAACAAUUAUUUGGUUUAUGCUUGGCCGGAAAUUUAUGUGAAGUUUGGCCUAUGCAACAAACGUGCGAGAUGGCCAAGAAAAUUAUAUUUCCUUCCAUCAAACGUAAAGUUUUCGAUCCCACAACUAAAGUUUUAUCACCCGAAGCCUCAGAAAUUUUGACAAUAUUGUUAAAACUUCACCGCGUAUUUGAAGAAUUACGUAAUGAUAUAGUAGUGUUAUUACGAGAAAUUAUAUCUCAAUGUCUCGAAUCUAUUGGUGAAAAACCACGAAAUGAUGAUAUGAUAAGAUUUCGAGAGAUUUUUCCGUCACAAGUGGAACCGUAA